CGAUCACUGCCGCCCAGAAUCUCUGGAGUUUGAUGGCCGGCGUUGGAAAACUGCCUGUGGCAGAGCGUUGAAGGCGUCAGAAGCCGCGUUUGUGGACUCAUUGCAAAGCGGAGAUAGUCUCUGCCAGCAUCCGGGGUGUCGCAAGGCGUGGUCCACGAUGGACUGAUGGCGUUUCGAGCGUAUGAGAGUUAAACAGGGUCUCCUGGACGCUGUUACUACCCUAGUUUUUCCUUGGUUUCUUGGUCCUUCACUCUUUCUACCUACCUCCUAUGCGUGGCGUUCUACUCUGAGUGCGGGGAUGGUGACCAUUGGGCUGACGCCCCAUGGCCCCCAUCCCUGUACCGGCAUGGUCUGUUUAGCUUGCUUUAAGAGAGCUUGUGGAGCUUUUGUAGGAUCCUCCGGGAACCCACAACAUCUCCACGGAGCCAUCAUGAUUGUGUAGUUGUGCACUUUCUACUUCUUUCUAUUUCCUAUUUUGGGGAGGCUCUCUUGCGUGGGUCAUCCAAGUAUUCCUGGCGUGACCGAGCGUAUGGUAGUUUCAGGCAUUUUCUACGGCCGCCAAAUCCGGCGAUUUGGUUCAAGCACUCACCUACUCAACAGAAAAUGCGCACAAAACCAGAUAUAUUUAAUAAAUCUGUUUUUCACGGCAAAAAAUGCUAGUAAUGCAGCGGGCCGCGGAGUAUGGAAGGGCCGAGGAAGCUAGCCUCCUUUGGGGCGCCCUCACCUUGGGAUUUUUCUUCCUACUUCGGGCUUCGGAAUACCUUGAUGUCGGGUACCAAGAUCCCAGAAGAGGCCUGCGUGGGUCCGACGUCACCUUGAAGCUCAAUGGCAAUGCCGUGGCGCUGAACCGGAUCAGCGAAGUUGACGAAGUCACCCUUCUGGCGCGAGGAUCCAAGACAGACAUCUACAAUCGGGGACAGGUCAGAAACCACUUUCGCACUGCGGAAAAGGUGUGUGUUGUGAAAUCCGUCAGGGCAGCCAAAGGUCUGCGACUCCCGGAAGGGGACCUGGGCGCUCACUCGCUGAGGUUCGGUGGGGCAAGUGCCCUGUGGGCACAGUACCAAGACACCUCCCUAGUGAAGCGCUGGGGACGAUGGGCUUCAGACAGCUUCCAAACCUACAUAUGGGAGGCGCGAGAGACUGCCAAAGGCGUAGCACAGAAAAUGAUCACGGCAGACCUCACUCCAAACUGAC